GUCGAAUUGGAAAACCCAAUUGACUUUCGAUAAGCUCGUUAUUCUCCAGCGAUGCUGAUCUGCAAGGCUUGGUUGGGAUUCGUACGGUUAAAUGCUGACUACGGGGUGCUUAGGGAACUUUUGAGGAAUUCGAUCUGUUUGCCCAGGAGAAUGUUGGCAGUCAUACCGAAACCGAGUGGCGCAAUUGUCAUACUCGCGAGUCACGCCUUGUUUUAAGGCCUAUACGCUGUGUGAACACUCUAGAAAGACAAUGCCACCCCUCAGUCCCUUCACCGACAAUUUGAACAAGACCAAAACUACCUAGGGAUUCCCAGGUACCGGUAGUAAUCUUUCAAGCUGGGGGAAGCAGUCCAAAUUUCACGCUCCUCCAGCAGAGAGAUCCACACCAUGCCAACAAUGGCAGCGGCAUUAGCACCGGCGCCUCUCUCGAGACCACAAUGCCGCCUUGGGACCAAACACAUCCACUCCUUGACCAAAAUGACAUUGUACGGCGCACCUCCUUCGUUGCCACUGCCUGCUUCAUGAUGAGCCUUGUGCACCUCGGCAAGAAGCCGAUUAUACACAUUGACGAGAUGAGCCACAUCUGCAUUUUCAGGCAGCCGCAGGACGAAAUGCUGAUGAGGGACAUUCUCAAUAUCGCUGGUGAUGUCAACUUUCGACCUUGCUUUGUUGGGGAAGAGCUCGAAUCCCAGCUCCUGUUGACCAGGGUACUCCCACAGUUGCAUGUGCUUGUGGCCCUGGCUGGAACCCGCGUCGUAGCCGCAAUUAUAGAUCAUCAUGUACGGCCGCGACAGGCUAGAGUGACGAAGAAAUGCCCACGCCGCCGCCAGAUCGGCGCCGUCCAGUCCGUCGGACUGUGGCACGAACUGCUUCGUGAUAAGGAGCAAGCUGGGCCGGUAAACGCAGUACUUGUUCAGCAUGAGCAGAUGCUCUGGGCCGACCGGGGACAGCACGAAACUUGGAUCUGGAUUCAAGAAUGGGUUCCGUCCUGUACCUGUCUUGCGCUCCGGUGCAUCUGGUGGGAUUAUCGGUUUGCGGCGUAGAUGUGGCACGUACCGGAUUUCGGCCUGUAGAUGUUGUCAGCCAAAGCUAUGCUGGUGAGUCUGCUUGUCGUCUUGAAAGUGGAAGGGCGAACAGUUCAUGGAGCGAUGGAGGAAAUGGGGUAGAGGAGAUCAAGACGCCUUUGUAGCCGUGUGAUAUGACUUGUGCUCUGAUGAGGAACGAGUGGUUGGUUGAUUCGUGUUCGUACCUUGAAUCCCCGGUCUUCGACCACUUCGGCUGUCGAUGGCUCCCAGAUGAGCUCUCCCUUCUCCACUAG